AUGAGCUCUCCGGCCAAACAGCUGGCCUUGCAGGCCGAUCCCGAACGGCCCGAUUUCAUGAACCCCGCGGUCUUUCGCCGAAAUACCCUUCCCGCGCGUUCUUACCACAUUCCUAGCACAUCUCUGCUUCUCAAUGGAGCCUGGGAGUUCAACAUGUCCCGGUCACCACCGGAGGCACCGGAGCCUAGCGAGGAUAUCUCCGCCGAGGCCUGGUCGAGCAUCAAUGUGCCAGGUCAUUGGCAGUUGCAGGGUUGGGGAAAGCCAAAUUAUACAAACACACAGUUCCCUAUCCCUGUGUGCCCCCCAUAUGUACCAACCGAGAACCCAACGGGGACAUACCGUCGGAAGUUUCAAGUGCCAUCCGAGUGGAAAACCAACAACACAGAGAUUCGUUUGCGAUUCGACGGUGUCGAUAGCGCGUACCACAUUUGGGUGAACAAGGCCUUGGUCGGGUAUGCGCAGGGGAGCAGAAACGCCUCUGAAUUCGACGUCACAUCGUUUUUGCAGGACGGUGACAAUGAAGUCUUUGUGCGGGUGUAUCAGUGGUCAGACGCUACCUAUAUCGAAGACCAGGAUCAGUGGUGGCUCUCUGGCAUUUUCCGAGAUGUCACUUUGAUUGCAUUGCCAGCCGACGACCGCUUGAAUGACUGGUUUAUCCGCACUGAACUCGAUUCAGAGUACAGAAAUGCGACGCUUCUCGCAACAAUUGACUACCAAGUCUCCGAGCCAAGCGCUGUUGUGCUCAAUUUGAUUGACCCGGUGCACGGCAGCAGGAGCGUCAUUGCUUCCACCGAGUGUAUUGUGGAGCCAGCAACAUCUACAGUGGAAUUAAGCUUGCCUGUUGCCAACCCCAAGAAAUGGAGUGCCGAGCAGCCGUAUCUGUAUGAGGUGGAGAUGCUCUUGACACCUCGCGGAUCCAACAAGCCAUUCACUAUCACACAGCGCAUUGGCUUCCGCAAAGUCGAGCGCAAGGGUGGUCUCAUCACCGUCAACGGAAAGGCCAUUCAGCUUCGGGGAGUCAACCGACACGACCACCACCCGUUGUUGGGUCGUGCCGUGCCGCUGGACUUCAUGCGCAGAGAUCUACUUCUCAUGAAAGCCCACAACCCAUUAUCCCCCGAUCCUCGGCUUCUCGACAUGGCCGACGAGCUGGGCUUGUGGGUUAUGGAUGAAGCUGAUCUUGAAUGUCAUGGCUUCUAUGAUGCUGUCUCACGCCCAAUGGACAUCGAUGAAUCUCUUGGCUACGAGGAGCGCAAGGGGUUGACAUUCCCGCAGUGUGGUGCUCAUACAUCAGACAACCCCUUCUGGCGCGAAGCGUACGUGGAUCGAGUUCAAUCAAUGAUUCAACGAGACAAGAACCAUGCUAGUGUUAUUAUCUGGUCCAUGGGAAAUGAGUCUUUCUUUGGCACAUGUCACCGGUCCAUGGUAGAGUAUGCCCGCGCUUUCGACAGCACUCGCUUGAUUCACUACGAGGGAGACAUGCCUGCGGAGACCACUGACAUGUUCAGCUACAUGUACCCGGAGAUCGACCGGCUGCGAUCCUUGGCAGCCAACGAGGGUGUUUCGAGUAAUGGCGAGUUUGAGAAACCUAUCAUUCUCUGCGAAUACGGUCAUGCCAUGGGCAACGGACCCGGCCUCCUUACGGAAUACGAGAAAUGCUUUGACGAGAUCCCGCGUCUCCAGGGUGGUUUCAUCUGGGAAUGGGCCAAUCAUGGGUUAUACGUUGAAGGAAACAGCAAGAAAGACGGCUUUUAUGCCUACGGUGGUGACUUCGAUGACUAUCCGAACGAUGGAACAUUCGUGAUGGAUGGUCUCCUGAACAGUGCCCAUCAGCCUCUACCGGGCCUGUUGGAGCUAAAGAGAGUCUAUGAGCCAGUCAAGCUGGAAGUCUGUGGACAGCGCUUGGCCCUGAAGAACCGGUACAACUUUUUGGACCUGAAUCAUCUCCAAGCUUCAUACAAGCUUGAAGCAUUUGACAAGGAAACAAAAACCUUGGCAACUGGAUCGCUAGACCUGCCCAUUGUGCCCGCUGGGCAAUCUGCUGAAAUUUCUCUCCCGGAAGAGCUAUUCCAACACAACGUCCACCCCGCCUACUUGACCAUUACCCUUGAGCAGCGAGGAAAGGUCGAAUGGGAUGAGGGAACUUAUGCCGUUGCUUGGACACAAGCUUUGGUAUCACAGCCAACCGAGCAAGGGCUAGUCAAUGGCUUGGGCUCUGCUCAGAGCGCUCUCUCAACAAACUCCACCAAGACAACUAUAUCUGUCAGCGGAGCCAACUGGUCCUUUGAGUUCGAUCGCAUACGCGGACAUCUCAGGAAAUGGACACACAACUCCAGAUCUAUUCUCGAGCCGAGUCCCGACACAGGGCUUGCUAUGGUACCUGGUUUCUGGCGUCCUCCGACAGAUAACGACGUACCUCAGGCAGCGCCGUAUUGGAAGCGAUUCGGUGUGAACUGCCUCACAAACCAAUUCCGUUCUCUCAACGGAUCAACACUGGAGGAUGGGAGUGUCUGCAUCGAAAGUGAGACAUUCAUCUCGCCUCCGGUUCUUUCUUGGGGAUGGAAAUGUCUUGCGCGUUAUACCAUCAAGCCCAACGGCUCAUUAUCCAUCACCAUGAACUUGCAACCCACGGGUGCCGCACCGUCAACUGUUCCACGGGUUGGUCUCAAUCUUCGUGCAAACUCUGAUCUGCAGGCGGCACGUUGGCUUGGACUUGGUCCUGGAGAAUCGUACCCGGACAAGAAGAUUGCGCAGAAGUUUGGUUUGUGGAAUGUUGAUGACAUUGCGUCCUUGCAGACGGUGUAUGACAUUCCACAGGAGAAUGGAAACCGCAUGGAUACUGCCUGGGUAGAAAUUCUCGCUCCCAAUGGCACGGGCUUCCGUGCAAGCCCUCAAAAAAGUACAGUGGUGAAUGGGGGAACGGGAAGCCUGAGCUGGACAGCUAGCCAGUACUCUGAUGAGACUGUUGAGGCGGCACGACACACUUGUGAUCUCGUAAAAGAUGAUGCCGUAUUUGUGAGGUUGGAUGACCACGUCGCAGGCGUAGGAAGUGCGGCCUGUGGCCCCGGAGUCAUGGAUGAGCAUCUAGUUAAGGUGCAGGAUCUCACCUUUGGUAUGGUAUUGGAGCCUAUAUCUUCGUGA